CACAGAGCAGCCACAAUAUACAGAAGUGAAAUAUGCAGCUGAGUGCAAUGCAAGAUUUUCAGAGACAGAGACACAGAGAUUUGCCUAUCUAACUUGAGUUGAAAACAAAGAAAAGACAUCAUGAGGAAACUUAUUUUCUUUUUCCUCGUUUUGGUUCUCUGUCUAAGUGGUACACUUCAAAAUAAAGGGGAAAGUGAAGUAAUAGAGCCCCAGAAAAACUCUGAGGUUUUCGCUAGGCCCAGAACAUUUAAAGGGGUCCCAGUCAGAAACGCCAAUCUCUCUCUUGUCCCAAAUGGGACACAAGCUCUCAUUCCAGAGCUGCAGUCACUAAGCAACAGCACAGUAUGGUACCUCCACAGCACUCUGAGCACACUGGUCAUCCCCAUUAUUUUUUUGUUAGUCGUUGUUGUUGGGAUCCCAGCCAACAUCGCCAUCCUCUGCUCGCUGGCCACUAAAAUAAGGAAGGUAUCCUCUGCCAUCUUCUACUGCAGCCUGGCUGUCUCCGACCUCUGCCUCCUCCUCUCCCUCUUUUUCAAGGCUCACUACCAUUUCCAUGGAAACCACUGGGUGCUCGGAGAGGCCUCUUGUCGAGUGGUCACGGCCUGUUUCUAUGGCAACCUCUACUGCUCGGCCCAGACGCUGGCCUGCAUCAGCAUCAAGCGCUACUUGGCUGUUGUGCACCCGUUCUUGUACAAGCGUCUCCCCAAGAGGAGGCUGACUGCCUGGGUCAGCUUGGUCAUAUGGGGGGUGUUUGGUGCCGCCAUGAUUCCAGAGCUCCUCGUCCAGCAGAGCUAUCACCUCCCGGAAGUGGGCAUCACCACCUGCCAUGAUGUAUUGCCUCUGGAUUAUGACUCCCAUAUCUUUCUGCUCUGCUACAACCUGUUUCUAAACAUCUUCGGCCUCCUGUUGCCGCUGGUGGUCACGGUUUUGUGCUUCAUCCGAAUCAUCUGUGAGCUCAACCAAUCACACUUCGACUGGGAGAUGUACAUCAAGGCCAGCUCACUGGUGUUUGUCAUCUUCCUGGUGUGUUUCACUCCGGCUGGAGUCCUGCACUUCCUCCAUUAUUUGCAACUGUUCGUACAUGGAACUGAGAGGUUGUACGUGCACUUUAAAGUGGCGGUAUGUUUGUGCUGCCUCCAUGCCUGCCUUGACCCCUUCCUCUUUCUCCUAAUGUCCAAGUCUGCAGGCUCCAGCCUUCACUUCAGACCCUUUACAGGCAAGACCCUGAGCAUAUCUAUCUAAAAGAGACCUACAUGGUUCCAAAAUACUGGUUUUAAAUUAUAUUUUUUAUUAAGUGAUGAAGAGGGAAAUUGUCUCUGUGGCUGGAAUCCAAAGAGAAAACAAAAGACUUCGACUGUAUUUAUGAUAAACAAGCUAUGUAUUGAUAUGUUUAUGUAUAUAUGUAUGUAUGUCAAAGAUGAAAUGAAAAUAUAGUGAUAUUAAUGUUUAUAUGUUUGUAUUUUCUUCCUCUAUGCUUGAAAUAUAUAAAUAUCAAUGUAACUGACAAGGAACAAUGUGAAACAGACUUCAGAAAAUAGGUCUCCCGGUGUUCCUGUUAUCACAUAUAGAGCUAUGCUGUCUGCUGAUUAAAACAUGAACUUAACUAUUUUUAAGCUAUUUUGUGUUCCAUGUCAACAAUCUCUUACAGCUUAAUGACUUCUACAAUGUAAAGCCUCACUACAUCUGAUAUAAUUUCAAUGCAAUUACUCCAAUCUCACUGAGCUGCCGUUUCCUUCCCAGCUGAGAGGAAACUGGAUGCAAUUGAUAAGAAUUGACAUAAUCUGAGCAACGGUUGGUCUUCUUGUUGUUUUUGUUGGGAUUGUUACACCAGCUAUGUUUUAGCUAAUACCUUUAUGCUGUAAUGUUCCACUUGUAGCCACAGUUCAGUAAAAGUUACAGUCUUGCUUUAAUUCAGCUGGCCCAUUGAAAACAACACCUGGCCCCAGUCUGGCCCCUGUGGCUAGAACCAGUGAUUUCAAAUAAACUAAACUAAAACAAA